UCUGUGACAGAUCUCUGGACUGGUGCUAAUAACCUCGCCUGCCUGGGUCAAAUAAACACAGAUAAGCCUCAGACCUCUGAGCUGGAGCUCAGUGUCUGCCAUGAUCCUGACGGCUCCGUCUCCGUGCCUUCCUUCUGCCGCCACCGUCCAGCAGCUGUUCUCUGUGGCCCGAGACGCCGACAUCAUCCCGGACAUCUCCCUGGAUCCGGUGCUCACCACCUUCCUGUCCCUGGACUCUGCCGCCGCCCUGCAGCACCGGUACAGCUUCCUGCAGCGCGGCAUGAGCGGCGAGCAGCAGGAGGCCUUCCACCUGAAUCUCACUGCACAGCUGAGCGGCUACAGGGUCGCGAAUGGAGGCGUAGGGGUCGUCGCCUUGGCCCUGUCCCUGCUGUUUGACCAGGUGGCCCAACAUGUCCGCGCUGCAGCUUCACCGCAGGGAUCCGAAGUUCCGAGGGUGUUCGGCAUCAGCACCUCGUCCAGAAUCGGAUCGAUGAUCCACGGCUACCUGCGCCUCGUCCCUGCCAUCGCCAACGAUGAGGAGAAGAUGGCGGAGGCCGCCGAGCUGUACGACGCCUGGCUCAACCUGGAGCUGAUCGACCAUUAUGAGAGGAUGACCACCAAGAAGAGGAUGAGCACAGAGGCCAUGCGGCAGUGGCUGGCCGGCGCCGCGUUUCAUCUGCACCUGAGGAUCCACCAGGUUCGCCUUCACUCUGUUCCGUCUGGGUCCAUCGAGUCUCUGCGUCUGUCCUAUAAGACGGGGUUACGUCGCCUCGUUAGCGGCUACGUCGCCUAUUUACGUAAAAACAUUUUGGAGACCGAAGCGGGAGGAACACUGGAGCCGAAACGCGGCAGCGUGGAAAACAGCAACGCCUCCAGCAUCGGGAAUGUGACGGCUCACCCAGCCGACGCCAAAACCAACUCGACGGCAGGCGACCAGAGGAGCUGCGGGCAGCUUGUGGGAAGAAAUGCUUCAGCAGCGCCGUGUUUCAGCCAACCGGGUCUGCUGGUCAUCGAGCCGCAGAGGGAAGUCGGUCACGGCGUCCGGCAUCGGCCCUGUGAGUCCGCGGCCAUCCAGGAGGCCCUGGUGACGCGCAUCAUGAAGGCGCAGGACCUGCAGCGCAACAGGAACUUCUUCCUGUAUCCGGAGAAAGUCCUGCGAGGCCUGCUGAGGCAGAAGCAGCACUUUGAGCUGCGAGCGAACCGGGCCGAGAGAAACGACCCGUCCGGGUCGCAGCCGCAGAGCGUUAGCCCGACGUUUCACAGCGAAAACAACAAACUGCAAAUUAUGGACACUUAAGAUAACGGAGAACAGGCCCAAAGGAAGAAAAUAAAACGAUACAAUCAAGAGAAUAAAGUCAUAAAAUUACAACUUUAUUCUUGUAAUAUUAGGAUUUUAUCAUCACACUAUUACGACACUUUAAUCUUGUAAUAAAAUUUUUUAAUUCUUCAUUUUUCUUAGUGUGGCCCUAACACAAAAUAGAAAAUUAAGGCAGAAGAAAUUCUUUUCAAAUGAUUAUUUUUGCUAUAAACUCCUGAAACAAAUGCUUACAUGCAGUCAGUCAAUGAAUAAAGUUUAUUAGUUUUCUACAUUCCAGUAAGGAGGCUUUAAAUCAUAAAUAGUGACACAUUUAGUGUUUCUUUUUGAUCUAUAAAUGACUCACCAGGCUCAGCAGAUGGAAAAUAACACAAAAACAUUGUGCACAAACAAGAGGUCUCACUUAAACAUUAACUGCAAGUUUGUCUCUGUCUCAAGUACUUUGGUUAAAAUAUUUUAUUUUUUAUUCAGUAAAGUUAUUCACACUGGAUUAAGAAUCCAAAAAACUUUCUCAAGUAGAACUAGCGAUACUUCGUAAUAAUUUUACUCAAACAAAAGUAAAAUGUAUUCUGCAGUAAAACUACUCCUGAAAGGAUUUUUUCCCCCAAAAGUUCAGCGAGAAAGUGUAAUGUAAUGGAUGCUCUUUGCAACUUUUUAAAAUUCCUUUGGGAUCAGUAAAGUAUUUUUGAA